GACUGCUGUCUGUCGCCAGUGGGCAGUAGAUAGCUGGUCGCUUUGUGCUGAAUUUCCAUUAGAUCUGUACCUCUCUUUGAAACAUUACGGGGAAGGAGAAAAGAUGGCAACUCUGGAGCAGCUGUCAUCCACAAUGCCCUGCGUUUUCAGAGAGACAACGGUCAGCGUCGCCCGACCAUGGAAUUAAAGAGAUACAUGAACGACGAAAGAGAACGGAGUUUUAGUCGGUUGAAAUGCUUGGGAUCAUUCUGUAGUUUUUCCGCUUCAGCAUCAGCAGCAGACUAACAGUACAUUGCCUGACAGGCAUACUGGUGUGUUAAUCGUUUAAUUAUUAAUAUCACACUACUGACAUUGCUGUGAUUCAGACCUCCUGCAAAAAGUUUGUGGGGGAGGAAAAACAGUUUAUCCCUUUGAUCCUUCAUUUCAUCAUUUCAUUAAAAAGAGGAAAAUGAGCGAGCAGAGCGUCUGCCAGGCCCGAGCAUCUGUCAUGAUAUAUGAUGACGGCAGCAAGAAGUGGGUUCCAAUCAAGCCAGGACAGCAGGGCUUCAGCCGCAUCAACAUCUACCACAAUGCCGCCAACAACACCUUCCGCGUGGUGGGUGUCAAGCUGCAGGACCAGCAGGUGGUGAUAAACUACUCCAUUGUGAAAGGCCUGAAGUACAACCAGGCCACGCCCACUUUCCACCAAUGGCGCGACGCCAGGCAGGUGUACGGGCUGAAUUUCGCCAGCAAGGAGGAGGCCGCCACCUUCUCCAACGCCAUGCUCUUUGCCCUCAACGUGCUGAGCACUCAGGAAGGAGGUCCAGCUGUCCAACGUCCAGCCCAGAACGGGCCCACCGCAGACGACACGGAGAACCAGAGAAGGCAGAUGAUGGAGCAGCAGCAGCAGAUGCAGGUGCAGCUCGAGAGGGAGCGACGGACGUCUGCCUCAGUCUCCACGCUGCACUUUAAGGUGUCCCCCUCCCCCUGCUCAUCUGACACGCCCCCUCCUGAUUAUCAGCACUACAAGCCCAGCACCCUGCAGCCUCCCUCUUUUGCCAAGGUCGCCUCCUCCCCUUCUGUGUCCCGCUCCUCCUCAGCCUCGUCUCAGGACAGGGAGACUGACCCCCCCCAGCGGGUAGCCCAACUAUCGCAGCUCUCCACCUCGCUGAUGUCGGCGUUCCACCCGGUGCAGCCUGGGCUGGGCUCGGCGGCCCGGCAGGUGCGGCAGAUCCCGCUCUCCCCCCCCCUAACGCCUCGACAUGCCAAACACGGCUGGUCCUCCCCUCGUACCUUCACCCCUCUAGCAUCUUCGCCCCCAGUAACGACGGCACUGACUGUCAAGCAGGUGUGCCCCCAGCCAGUCAUCCCUGUGACCCAACCCUUGUCACCCCUCCAAAACGGCCGUGGCAAAGCCCCUCCCACUGACCUUGCCUCCAAUGGCAACAUGGAGGACAAUUACCUAUCCCAGAAGUCCCCACUUCCACUCACUACCAUCUACAGCCCUGAGAGUAUCUUUACCCCCUGCUGCGAAGCCCUGUCCAUCAUGGCCGGCCACCCAUCCCAGGGUCCCCCCCCUCAGUCCCAGUACACGUCCUCCUUUCCCCCUCAGCAGAUCCAGUACCAGGUCAUGCCCCCCUUCAGCUCCUCGCCCCCCUCUUUUAUUGGGGUGGCCUUGCCCAAGAAGAGCCCCUCUCCUGCCUCUCAGGCUGCUGUGCCCAACUCCGGUCCCCCCAUCCCAGCAGGACACCCGUCCUCCCUCUCCGCUGCCCCCCCUGCUGCGGCACCGGCACCCGUGCCCACAGGGGGGCCCCCACCCCCUCCGCCCCCACCUGGCCCCCCACCGCCCUCCACUGGGGCACCUCCACCCCCGCCCCCGCUGCCGGCUGGCGGAGGGCCUGGGGGUCACGGGGAGGGGGCCCCCUCUGGGCUGGCUGCCGCGCUGGCUGGGGCCAAACUGCGCCGAGUUCAGAGGUCUGAAGAUGGGUCUUCUAGUGGUGCCAAGAAUGAUGCCAACCGAACAAGCGGGGGCAGUAACGGUGGCUUGAUGCAGGAAAUGAACGCCCUUCUUGCACGACGGAGGAAAGCAGCUACACAGACAGAGAAAUCUGGGGACAGGAAAGAGGAAGACGGCCAAAGCGAUGAUCCCAACUCCCCUGGCACUCGUGGCUCAGAUGCGGUCAAGAAGCCAUGGGACCGAGCCAAUUCUGCAGACAAGUCCUCAGUGGUGUCAAGGGUGAGACCAGCAGGCAGUAGCAGUGACACAGAUGCCUUAGACUUUGACAGAAUGAAGCAGGAAAUCUUGGAGGAGGUUGUACGCGAGUUACAGAAGGUGAAGGAUGAGAUAAUUGACGCCAUUAGACAAGAACUUAGCAGAAUCAGCACAACGUAAUGCUCCGAGAGCGGGACGGACCGGGGUUUCCCAGGAGCAGUAGGGGCAGCGGAGGGGGGCCCGAAUAUGAGGGUCUCUCAGCUCCACUGCCACAGCAUUCCGGGGGAUCGUCACACGAGCAUCACAAGACAGCGGGGCUGAGGGGAAGGG